AUGGGCCAGACUUCUUCUCCGAUGCUAGCGCCAAUCGAGACCAAGCCCACAAGCCACCGUAACCCACUGGGCCCAACUGGCCACACGUCAACCCACGGAGUCGGCCCUUCUGGAAUCCCAAAUGUCUACGCACCUCCAUCGCUUCCCAUUCGCAAACCACUCCAGCCCUUGACGCACGCCGGUCUGCGACUGGUCAUCUGGGCUGGAGGCGAGGAAAAGACGUGGCGCGGGGCCCAUCAGAUUCUGUCGCUUGCAGAAUGA